UCUGCAGAAUUACAAGCAAUUUACUCAUCUACGAAAGAAGAAGCUUUACACUUUGCUAUUCGUGCCGCUGAAUUGUACGUCAGCGCAUCCAAAGUAGCAACCCAGGAUCACGCGAGAACAAGAUUGCGCUCAAAAUUUAAAGAAAUUGUACAAUGGGCAGAGCAAGUUAAGGCCUCCAAGGAAUGGACUCCCAAGCUGAAAAGUAAUCACACGACCCCUCUUAGAAACCCUAUAUCCCAAAGGGAAAUCUCUAAACGGGAGAAACUCAUUCUGCUGCAAGGCUCUAAACUCGAUGGCUUCACAUUCCCAGUUUGGAAAGAUUUGUCUCGUGAAGCCUAUGUGAAUGAGUUUUUCAAUGAUGUGCAGGAACCAAUUGAGCUCAAACUUUCUCCAGUACAGCUUAGCAUCUUUGGAGGAUGGGAACGGAUGGGAAAAGAAAACAAAGACGAUGCAGAAGUACUGGCGACGAUGGUACCUGAGAAUCCGAUUGAUUUAGUCCAGGAUGUAACUACCGAUUGUUCAGUUGUAGCGAGCCUUUGUGUUAUUGUCGCCCGCGCUUCCAAGGGUAAUUCAGGGCUACUGCGCUCUAUUAUCCACCCCUACAAUGAAACCGAAGAUCGGCCUGAAAUCUCGAGGAAUGGGCGAUAUAUAUUUCGUCUUCAAUUCAAUGGAUGCAACAGGAAAGUGACAAUUGAUAACCGACUUCCUACGUCUACUACGCUAAGGAGCCUUCAUGUUUUUGAUCGGAACAACCCUCGACUAAUCUGGCCAGCUUUACUUGAGAAGGCUUAUCUAAAAGUCCAUGGCGGAUAUGAUUUCCCAGGCUCGAAUUCUGGAACAGAUCUAUGGGUUAUUGCGGGCUGGAUACCUGAGCAAAUAUUCCUCAGAAGCGAUGACGUUCAUUACGAGCAACUCUGGCAUCGUGCCUAUAAAGCGUUUGGCUACGGAGAUGUUAUGAUAACUCUAGGGACUGGGAAACUAACAAACAGAGAGGUCGAGGAGCUUGGUCUCGCCGCAAAACAUGAUUACGCCGUUCUAGAGAUGAAAGAGAUCAACUCACGGCGGCUUUUACUGAUUAAAAAUCCUUGGUCAGACGGAAUGGUAUGGAGAGAGUCAUACUCUCAACCCUCUACAUGUACACCUGAAGUAGAGGAACCAUUAAAAGAUGUCAAUGAUAAAUUGCUAGAUCUCUCCAUUUCAACGAAUGGGACUUUUUGGAUGAACUUUGAUAGUGUAGUUCAACACUUUGAAUCAUUUUACCUUAGCUGGAAUCCAGGACUCUUUCUCCUUCGAGAAGAUCAUCAUCUCACCUGGAAUUUAAAUAAAACGAAGGCCUUUGGAUCUUUCGUCGACAACCCUCAGUAUAGUUUAAUCUCAACAAAUAAAGAUACAGUUUGGAUUUUACUUAAUCGUCACUUUUUACCGGACGAGAAUAAAAUUAGCAAAGGUACUAAUAGUUCUUUCGUAGCAGUAUCAUGUACUCCAGGAUACAUAAGCCUACAUAUUUUUAAGGGAAAUAGCCACAAGGUUUAUUUAGACGACGGUGCACAACAUCGAGGUGCUUUCGUAGAUUCGCCGCAAACACUCGCCAAGUUGGAAGUACUUCCAUCAGUACCCUACACCCUUGUUGUCUCCCAAUAUGGUCUCCCGCCGUUCAACUAUCCAUUUACGCUCUCAUGUUUUUCUCGAUUUCCGGUGACAUUCAAGCCUGCCGUGGAACGAUUUCCCUUUCGUUCAAGUCAUGCUGGGGUCUGGAAUUCACGUACAGCAGGUGGAAACGUAAGGAUCUCGUCAUAUCCAUCAAAUCCUCAAUUUCGUAUCUCUCUUACGUCCAAAGCCGACGUCGAACUGAUUCUAGAGACAGAUAAAGAAGAUCUUGCUGUACAUGUAGACAUGGUUUGGGCAGGUGGAGAUCGUGUUACUUCCGUGACUAAGAAAGACAUUGUCGGGGACUCGGGUAACUAUAGACGUGGCUGUGCCUUGGCAUUUUUACAAGAUGUUACCGCAGGUUCCUACACCAUCGUAUGCUCAACAUUUGAGUCGGGCCAGAACGGUAAUUUCACCUUACUUGUUGUGUCUUCUAUAGAAUGCCAGAUAAGCCCGAUUUUGUCAGAGGAUGCGGGACGAUACUGUCUGACUCUGUCAUCGGUUGUUUUCGAAACGAGUGUCAAUAAGGUGCAGGCACCUAUUUAUGUUACUCGUAUGACCACUUUGAGCCUUGUGGCCAAGUUUCCCUUAAAAAUCUCGUCGAUGUUCAGACCAUCUCUCAAGUUAUCAUUGAUGGAAGGUCAAGGAAUGCCAACCAAAAGUUUAGGCGUCUCGGGAGACGGAACAUUUAGUGACGAGCCAAUGGGAAUCAGGUUGAAAGACUUAAAUCUCAUACCCAAGAAAGGCUCAUCGGAUGAUUAUUGGAUCGUUGUUGAACGUCUUGGUGGAAGAGAUAAUGUAGAUAAUUUUGAUUUAGAGGUUCUCAGUGACAUUCCUGUCACGGUGGGAACAUGGAGGGCGUAA